AUGUACAAUAAUUUAAAAAAUAUUAUAGCCGAAUCUAUACAAAAAGAUUUACGCAAUGUCUUUACGACCUGUCUACAAAACGCUCCCUCCAUUGUUGUGCUCGAAAAUCUAGAUGUCUUAGCUCAUGCCACUGCCGAUCAAGCCACACAAGAUGGUGAAUAUUUUAAUCGUAUUGCUGAUAUUGUACAUCAACUUAUGGUACAAUAUACCAGCAGUCAUCCCAUAGCUGUUAUAGCCACUGUAAAUGAGGUACAAUCCCUAAAUAAACGUUUGUAUUCUCCACGGGGACGUCAUUUGUUUCAGACAAUAACUAAAUUACCCAAUUUGGAACGUGUGGAUAGGGAAUUGGUUCUUAAGGAUCUAUGUAGUCAUAUAGAUUCGGAGAAAUUGGAUUUAGAAAGAUUUGCUUUAUUGACAGAGGGCUAUAAUAAAGGAGAUCUAGUACAGUUUGUGGAACGGGCUAUAUUUUAUGCAUAUCGUAUAAGUAAAAAUCAACCGGUUUUGACCAAUGAACAUUUAAAAAAUUCUUUGGAGAAUACCAAUUCCUAUUGUCUUCAAGGCAUAGAAAGUCAUCAGUCUUCUAAUAGUGCUACAGAUGGUGAGGAUAACUUAACGGUGGAGGAUAUUCCAGGCUUAGAACCUGUGGUCUCAGUGCUCGAGGAAGUGUUAAUGUGGCCCUCUAGGUAUCCCACCAUAUUCAACAACUCUCCCUUACGCAAUCAAGCGGGAGUUUUACUUUAUGGUCCUCCUGGUACUGGCAAAACCUUUUUAGUUUCCAAACUGGCUAAUUCCUGGAAUCUAAGAACUAUAUCUGUGAAAGGACCCGAGUUAUUGGCCAAAUAUAUUGGACAAAGUGAAGAAAAUGUGCGGAAUUUGUUCAACAGUUCAAGCUCAAUUCCAGUUUAG